UUCGGAUGGUAGUCUCAACCCGCUUUGUCAUUCCUCCCGCCAUUCGUGAUUUUCCCACUCCUCUCUCUGGAAAGUAGACAAUCACGCUCAUUCAUUCAUUAGCAAGCAGAAGCUCUCGCCGAGAUAAGUGAUAUAUUCUUUCUGUGUUUCGCGUCCCGCAUUUCCCCUCGCAGUCUUCUGUCUUAUGUCCAGGGUGGAAAACAACGCCUUCCUAUGAGCACUUGCCGUACAGAGCCGAUGGACAGGUGUUCAGCCAUGAAAGAUUCGGAAAACAAGGAAAAGACGCCAAAGCGGAAAAGACGACGAAUGUGGAUCAAGGAUAGCGGUGUGAGCUCCUGUCGAAGCAGGGAGCCGCAUGCUGCAGCCACACGUAUCAGCAAGCGAAUCAAGUUCGCUCCCUCGCGUUUUGGUACAUACUACGACGGCAUUCGUACUCUUGUUGGCGAAGACUUCCAAGCGGACGUGGACGAGGAGCCUGAGAAAGAAAUCGGAGUGGAUGAUUUCUCACAGAAUCCGUAUGAAGGCGUUGCAGUGAGUAAGCACGAGGUCACAAUCAGCGUCAAGAACACUGACAACACCAAGACGGUUUUGACGGCAGAGGAGUGAAGCUGGUUCAUGGAUAAAUUUCCUGCCAUGACCGAGGAAGAACCCUCUGUUCUUGUUUCAACCAUUCAAUUUAUUAUUUUUCCAGGAUGGUCCAUUCUUCACCUUUUUUUUUGGUGUGAAUAUUCAGUUAUUA